AUGGCUCCCGCUUUCCGUAUUCACCGGCCAGACGUUUUGGCGUCGCUGCCGCGUCCCCUCGACCACACCAAGGGCCAGUACCACAUUGGCGAAGUCUACACACAAAAGCCCGGAUCAAAGAAGAGGAAGAGGCUGGAAGUUGUUGUUGGUGUGGACGGAGAAGCUGCAAACAUUUACCACGUACCGUCAUCUGGUCUGCGAACAUCGUACCCGAUUCCGCCUCAAGAGUCAUUCACUUGCGCGCCGCACUCGAUUCGAUUUCAGGGCGAAGGCUCAAGCGGUCGCAAAAACUACACAUAUCUCUCCACGAGAGACACUUCCGGCGCAAAGGUUACCCUCUGCCGCGAUGUGAUCGACACGACUGGCAAGACAAACUCUGCUAGUACCUCUCAGCGGGUGCGCCAUAAGUCCCCAAUCACGCAUCUGUUUACUUCCGCCGCCGUCGAUACCACAGUUAUCAGCGAAACCCAGUCCGAAAAUGGCCACGUGAUUGCUCUCUGCAAGGACGGCCAGGUGUUGUGCCUAGACGGAGAGGCAUUGGAGCAAAAAUGGUGCGCCUCUUCGUACAGCCUCUGCAAGGACCUGCUCCCGGCGACUAUCUCAAAUUACGACGUGGAAUUUUCGCUGCACGCUGCGGCAUCAGACGUUCUUAAUGGACUGUUCCAAGGCAGACAAGACGCCUUUGGCUCUUUUGGACGCCAAAUUGACCCCAAGACCUUCAACCCGGAUGUCCUCGCCUUCGUCGCCCGCACUACCAGCGAAGGAACCACUUCGAGAUUCCUCAUCAUUCUCGGUAUUAUUCCUACGGCAUCCUCGCAGCCAUUGGUCCAACUUCAUGUUACGCCCUUGCCUUCGCAAGACGAUCUCGGCGCCGAAUCAGCGACCUACCAGCUCCACGCCCAGUCAGGAAAGCUGCUUCAGCUUUCCGGUUCGGUCCUCCGAACCUACGAUCUGACGAGUACCGUGCCCAAACUGCAGGGCAGUCUACCUCUGCCGGAUUUGACCUCUUUCCUCCAGCUGUCAGAGCAUUCGGUCCUUUGCCUGUCAAAGACUUCCGCCAGCAUGAUGAACCCCACCCUUCACUCGAUACAAGCUUCGACAGCGGUUGAGUUCCCCGAGGCCACUGAGAAGCAGAAGCCAACACUUGUGACUUUUCUGUCAAAGCUCGACAUGGCGGUCGCGGUUGUCGGCAACACGUUGGUCUCCAUACAGAUUGAACGACCCAAGUCUCACAGCAAGGAGGGCCUCCUCAUAGAUUCCAUCGGAAGAGGCUUGCCAAGGUCGGAUCGUGUGCCAGCAAGCCUUCCCAAGGCCGGCAACGAUACAUUUGAAAACUACCUUCCGGGAACCCUGUCCGACGAAUAUGUCAAGGAGUCUCUGGCCGAUGUCGUACGGGCGGACGGGUUCAUGCAGACACAGGAUUGGAAAGCAUUCGAAGCCCUGCUUGCACAGCGGUUUGGAGUUGCAGUUCAACAGGAGGUGGUUUCUAACGAACUCCAGACGCCGACCUGGAAGUGGCUAGCAGAAUCAGACGCAUACCCUGCCGUCGACCGUAGGUGGGUGCUGUAUGCCAUCAGCAGAGUUUUCUCGAUGGAGAUUCAAAGCCCAGAAUCGGCCAUCCUUCGUUGCAACCUGCCCGCGAGCAACGUUUUGAUCUACCUUAUUGCCGCUGGCCAUCUCACAAACGCCAACAUGUGUGCGGCGUUCAAGAGCGAGCUAGCCGAGGUGGCAUCCAAGGAUUCGGUCAUUGACAAGCUGGUUCAGAACCUCGUUGCCAUGAACCCUGCCAUGGAGCUGCUCCUCAGCUAUGUCACAGCAACCAAGCUGGGCGAAAAGGAUUUGCUAGUGGUGGUUCGCGCCAUCUUGCAGACCCUCAACAUGAAGCCGCCGCAAGACCUCCUUGCGCUCACAGAAACCGAGCAAGAAGAGGAUGUGGCGAUGGAGAUUGAAAAGACAGAACAGACGCUGGAGAUGGCUGAAGUAGCUGUGUAUCACAUGGAUGACGACCGUAACCUCCGUGAACGAGCUCUUACAACAGCAUUCGAGAAGCUCGCGAGUUACUCGUCAAUCGCCACGGUACGCGCCCUUCGUGAGACCCUCAGCCCGGCUGAGAUUUUGUCACUCAUCGACACUCUACGAACACAACUCUACCGUGGUGCCUGGACAUCAAGGUAUUUCGACAUGACGGACAUGGACAAGGACGAGGCCGCGGGAACACCACCGGAUGGCACCAUCUCGCUCAUUGCAGAACUCAUUUCCCGAUGCAUUGAUUCCAUCGGCCUCAGUGGAUGGCUUACAAAUGGAGCAUCCUCUGUGGGUGGCCGUGCGGACGCGUUUGAAUUCAUUACGAACUUGAGCAACGAAGUCAGCGCAGCCCUGACUGGUCUACACGAGACAGUCCUACUGGACGGCUACGUAGGCGAAGCGGUUCAGUACGGCAGAACAGCCAAGACAGGAUCAUCAGCCAACGCGGCUGCUUCUGCUCGCGCUGGGGCUCUCGCUAAGCCGGUCUCCCUUGACGUCGAACUAUCGACUCGCUUACCUUUGGGGCUCGUGUCCAAGCAGCAUGUGUCUAAUCAGAAGAUUGUUUCGGGCGGCGAGGUGCUCGAGAGGAGCUCGCGUGAGAGAGGACACUUGCUGAGUCAGAAGGUCAAGGCGUACUCACUGGAGAGGAUCUCCAUUUGA